AUGAAGCCGCAACUCAUUACACUAAUCAAGAACAAUUGCUUCUAUGGCGGAAAUCCUUUGGAGGAUCCUAAACAGCACAUAUCUAUUUUUCUGAGGACUUGUGGUGCUGUCAACUCCGAUGGUGCAAUUCAUGAUACCUAUAAGCUCUUGUUAUUCCCCUUUUCACUAAGGGAUGAAGCUGCCCAAUGGCUUGAAACCCUUCCCCAAGGGAGUAUCCCUAGUUGGGACGAUUUGGUUGCCAAGUUUCUAGCUAAAUUCUCCUCAUCCCAACAAACCAUCAAGCUGAAAGAGGGAAUACAUCCAUUCAUACAAGGAGAGGAAGAACCACUUUUCAAAGCAUGGGAAAGAUACAAGAAAGCAAGUGACAAGGUGGGUCUCCAAGCUUUCUAUGAAGGAUUAACCCCAGAAACAAGAAAAGCGGUGGAUUACUUCUCAGAUGGCCUACUCAAAGCGACAACAACUGCCCAAAGAACUGUAAGUUUCAAUAACAAAGGAGUCAACAAUCAACACUCGUUUGAAAAACCACAGAAUGCAAUUUUAGAAAAGGAAGUGAUGAAUCUUGAAGGAGUGAAGGCAGUCAUGAAUCAAAAUAAGCAGCUACACCAUCAAACUCAGCAACAAUUGGAGCUGAUAGCUAGAAAAAUUGAUUGUCUACAUUCUGCUAUAGUGAAUGCACAAUUUCCACCAUGGAAGCCACAUUCUUAUCUAAGAAUGGGGGAAUACCAACAUCAAGAACAAAGGGGUUCCAACAUUGGCAAACCCAUGAUCACAAACAACCAAAGUCACCCAUCUAAUAAUGCCAAUCAAAACCAAUGCUUACAAAACAUGCACCCUCAGUCUCAUAACAACUCACAAAAUCAACAGAAUACCUUUGCAACACCCACAUUUUACCCACACAAUACAUGUGGAAUUCCUUCGCAAGGUUUUCCACAGCCACUAGUCCAUCUCAUAAAUUUAAACCAUUCUCAGAAGAUCACUAACUUGGAGAUCUUAAUAGAGAGAAUGAUGGAGCACCAAGAGGUGACAACAAAGAACCAGGAAGCUUCAAUCAAAAGAAUUGAGAGGCAGAUGGAACAACUGGCUAAGCACCUUGUAGAAAUGGGUGAGAAGAGGGCAAAUACUUUCCCCAGAGCCACUGAAGACAACCUGAAAGACAAUGAAAAAGUUGCUACGUGGGAGAAAUGGAAAGCAACCAUAGAAGGAAGUGAGAAGGCUAUGGGAAAAGAAACAAUCAUCAAAGAAAAGCACCACAGAGAAGUUCCUCAAGAAGAAAUAGAGGAAAGAAAGCCCACAGUAAGAGGAGAAAAUCAAAGGCAACAGAAUUCUCAACUUCCAUGA